AUCAUGAAUAAAAAAACAAAAAAAAACUGUAUACUUUUCAAAAAAAAAAACAAAAAACCCUGCUGCUUCACCUUCCUCGUUAUCAUCUUCAAAAGUCCACUGCAUGCUAUACCCCUCUUUUUACCCUUUUAAGAAAAGUUGCAGUUUGUUUAGGAACUCCUUUUUAAGUGUAGAAUUUGAUUCUGUUGAGUCUAUUUUUGCUUAAUUUGUUUGGACACUUCAUGUUCAAGAAUUUAAUUAUUUUCUUUUGAAAACCACAAAUUUUAUGUGCAACUGACAAAUCAGGCUAAAAUGAUAUGAUUUGUGGAACUUGUUGGGAAUCCAGUGCUUCUGUGGAACUUAUUCCAAACAUUGUGUUUAUACAUAGUGUUUGUGUGUGAUUCUUUCCACCUUACAAUAUACUAUAUGGUGUUAUAAUACUGUUAGAGAAGAGGAAAAAUGGAAAACUCAAUAGUAGAGGAGAAGAUGGUUCUCAUCCCUAAGGACAAGGACCCCAGAAAGGGUGGCCUAAGGACCAUGCCCUUCAUCAUAGUUAAUGAGGCAUUUGAGCGGGUGGCUAGCUAUGGGCUGAUGCCAAAUAUGAUUUUCUACUUGAUGAAAAACUAUCGCAUGGAGGCUGCAAGUGGGUCAACCAUUCUCUUCUUGUGGUCUGCUAUGUCUAAUGGAUUGUCCAUUUUCGGAGCCUUCCUCUCCGAUUCAUUCAUGGGUCGGUAUCUGGUCAUCUCUUUGGGAUCAUUCUGCAGCCUUCUUGGGAUGAUUCUUCUUUGGUUAACUGCCAUGAUCCCACAACUAACCCCUCCACCUUGUGACCGCUUUACUAAUGUCUGCAGCUCAGCUACUGCAGGCCAACUAGCUAUUUUAUUCUCCUCUUUCGGCCUUAUAUCAAUCGGAGCCGGUUGUAUUAGACCUUGCUCUAUUGCCUUUGGUGCAGACCAACUAGACAAUAAAGAGAACCCCAAUAAUGAGAGUGUCUUACAGAGUUUCUUUAAUUGGUAUUAUGCUGCGACAGGAUUAUCAACAAUUAUAGCAUUUACUGCUAUUGUCUACGUUCAAGAUAACCUCGGUUGGAAAGUUGGAUUUGCUAUUCCUGCAGUUCUCAUGUUCUUCUCUGCUCUAAUGUUUUUGGUGGGUUCUUCCCAGUACGUAAAAGUGAAGGCCUCCACGAGCUUAUUUACUGGGUUUGCUCAGGUUUUAGUUGCAGCAUUCAGGAACAGAAAGCUCAGUCUAUCUCACAGUAGCAUUGAACAGUAUUAUUACCACAGUGAUGAUUCUGAGUUCCAGAUCCCCACGGUUAAUUUAAGGUGUUUAAACCGAGCUUGUAUCAUAACAGACCCUGAUAGGGAUGUAAAUCCGGAUGGGUCAGCUUCAAAUCCAUGGCGUCUAUGUACAGUUGAUCAGGUAGAGUCACUUAAAGCUCUGCUUAGAGUCAUCCCCAUUUGGUCUACAGGCAUCAUGAUGCAAAUCAACUUAAAUCAAAACUCAUUUGCCACCCUCCAAGCAAAUACAAUGGACAGGCAAAUCUUUAAUUUUGAACUCCCAGCAGGAUCUCUCAAUGUGUUUCUGGUUCUCACUCUCACAAUCUGGCUAACCUUCUAUGACCGAAUUCUGCUACCAUUGUUAGCAAAAUUCACUGGCAAGCAACGCUGCGGGCCUAGUCCUACAGUUAGGAUAGGAAUUGGUUUGCUAAUCCCAAUUGCAGCAAGGGGAAUGUCAGCAGUAGUAGAAACCAUAAGAAGGAGAACUGCUAUUGAGGAAGGACUAGAAGACCAACCAGAUGGUGUGGUGAACAUGUCAGUAGUCUGGCUUUUGCCACCAAUUAUCCUACUUGGAUUGGCUGAAGCUUUUAAUUCAAUUGGACAGAUAGAAUUCUACUACUCUCAGUUCCCUAAAAGCAUGUCUAGCAUUGCGGUGGCUAUUUUCACUUUCGGAACUGCCAUGGCUGACAUGAUAGGGAGUGGUUUGGUGGAUGUUGUGGAUAGAGUUACAUCCAGAGGAGGGCAAGAGAGCUGGUUGUCUAGUAAUCUUAACAAGGGUCGGUUAGAUGAUUAUUACUGGCUGAUUACUGUCUUGAGUAUAAUCAAUUUUGUGUAUUUUCUUGUUUGCUGUCGGACUUAUGGACCCACUAAGGACGAAAAGGAGGAGCGCCUGCUGGAGUAGAAGCAAACCAAUUUGAUUAUUACAAGGGUGUUGUCAAAAAUUACUAGAUUAAUUAGACUAGUCAACAUGGAUUGUUUUGUUUGUCUACCAUACUAAUAAAAUUAUGUCUUAUAAGUUUGGAAAUUA